AUGAAAAAAUUAAAUGAACAUAAUUUGAUAUAUUCUGAUUAAUUGAACAAAAUAAUAUCAAAGCUUUUAAAUCGAUUUGAAAGAAAUAAAACUUGGUCAGAUUUAAAUAAUUGGUUAUCAAAAGCUAUAAUAGCAUUAAAAGAAAAUCCAUCUCCAUUUAUAAAUGAGAAGAUUUAGUUUUGUAAACGCUUAGCUUAAUGUUUAAAUCCUCAAUUACCAUAAUCAAUUCAUUAGGAAACCUUAAAAAUAUAUGAAUAGAUAUUUGAAAAUAUGAAAUAAAUUUCAGAAGGAGAUAUUUAGGAAUAUUAGAGAAUUUUUUGUUAAGACUUGGGUUUAUAUAGUGUUGGUUUAUUUCCUUUUUUUUAAUAUUCUUAGCUUUAAUUAAAAUAUUUAUUCAUCGAUAUUAUAGAAUAUUAUUAUGUUCCAGUCGGAAGAGAGUUAAUUCCAUGUAUUCCUGGUUUAAUUUUAUGUCUUUUACCAGGUUUUGAAGAAAAUAAUAAAGAAAUUAAAUUAAAAAUAAAGAAUUGUCUUCUUUUGUUAAUGAAGGCUUGUGGAAGAAAAUAUUUUUAUGGAGGAUUUUGGAUGGCUAUUAAAAGGGUUUAAAAAGAAACAUUUUCAAAAUAAGAAAUAGAGGAAUAGUAAGAAUAAUAAGAAUAGGAAAUAAAUAAUAAGCCAAGAGAUAGCGAUAAUUUAGAAGUUUAUAUUUUCUAAAGUAAAUUACACAAUAAAAAUUAUCAAUAAAACAUAAUCCAUAAUGAUUUAAUAAUAUAUGAAAGUGAAAUAAAAAAAAAAUAACAAAAAAUAAUAGAAAAUGAGGAAGAGGAAGUACAAAUCAAUUCUUUUCAAGAAAAUAUUUAUAGAAAUAAUAGAAAAGAAUUAUUAUAUAUAGAAAAAGGUAUAGAUGAUAAUACUCUUUAUAAUAAAUAUCCUAACAAAGGAUGUUUAGUAUUAAAUGUUAUUUUGUCAUGUUUGGAAGACAAAGAUGUUUUUGUUAAAAGAAACAUUUUAGAUUUAUUAAUUCAUUAUAUACCUUUAAAUAAUAAUAAUGUUUAAAUACUAUCGUUUGAGGAAAAAACUAUACUAUGUGAAGGAGUAUUGCGUUUAUUUGCAAAAAGAGAUAUUUCUUUAAUCCACAAAAUUUCCUUUUGGAUGUUUGGAAAGCCAGAUUUGGACGAAAAAUAUAAUUAUUAACCUGAAACUAUAUAAAUAAUAAAAAAUGCACUGAAUAAUAUCUUUUUAACAAACAAAAAUGAAAAAAUAAAGCCUCUGAAAAUGCUUUAAAAUUUGUUUUUAGAGCAUGAAGCUCUAAUAUAAUUUACACUUGGAGAAAUUAGUUUAAAUUUAAUAUAAUUUAUCUAAAAAGCCUAUGAGAAAAAUAAAGAAGAAGAAGAAAAAAAUAUAUAAAGGCUUAUUGAAAUUAUUGGAUAAAAUAUUUAUUUGUUUUUCAAUUGUUUAUGCGAUUUUUUAAAUAAUGAAAUUCUUUGGGAAUCGCCCUAAAAUAUGGAUGAAGACAGUUUUAAAGAAAAUAUUAUUAAAUUAUUAAUAUUUUCGUUUUAAAAGAUUUUACUAAAUUUAAAAGAUGAAAUACUUUUGUAAAAAUUAAUUAAUAUGAACCUUGAUUAAGUUACUUUUAGUCUUUAGACUGUACCUGAAUAACUUAUUCAUGAAAGAAAAUAAGUAGAGGUUGGUGUUAAAUUUAUUAAUCAUUUAUUAUUUGCUAAAAAAUAAUUUUCAGAUGAUUAAGUUAUUUAUCUGGAUAACUUUUAUAUAUUUUUUUAAAAAUAUACAAAAAAACCCGAAGAUAUAAAACCUUAAAAACACUAAUUAUUUAAAUUAAUUUGUGAAAAUGUCUAUUUAAUAUAAUCAUAAAUACCUAAAAAUAAUUCCUAAUAUUUAGCCUUGCUUUAGAAAUGUAUAACUUUGACACAUACAACAAUAUCUUUAAUUUCAAUAGAAUAUACAACAAAAAUUUUAUAGAAAGUCUAGAAUAAUCCUAAACAAAAUUUCUUAGAAAAACUUUGGGGAAUGUUAGACAACUAAAAUGCCUAAAAAAUUACACAACUAAUUGAAUAAUUAUCCCAAUACUUCCCUUCAGAGAUUGAAAAGACAAUUCAAAAUUCAUUCUAAGUGCUAACAAUAAGUGAAAAAGAACAUUCUAUUCACAGAUUUUCCCUUUUUUGGAAACUAUUAGGGUAAAAAACUCAAUUAAAUCUAACUUAAUCAAUAUUAUAAAUAAUUAAUAAUCUUGAAAAUGAAAAUCCAUUAUUAAGACAUGCUGCAAAAGGCUGGAUAUAAGAUAGCGAAGUUAAUUUAUACUUAAUAAUAGAUUAAUUGAUAUUAUAUUUAGUGGAAAUAAAUGAUAACUAUAUAUAUGAAGGGGAAAAAAAGAAUGCCUUUUAUUAUAUAAAAACUUUCGAUGUUCAAAAGGCAAAUUUUAUUUUCCGAAAGCUUCAUAUUUUAUGUAAAUCGGCAUGUGAUAUUUUUUUUAAAUACAUAAUAAGUACAUAUAUUUCUCCAUAAAUAUUACAAAUAGUUGGUAAAAAUUAAUUAAGAACUACAUAUUUGACUUUUUUAAAAAAUUUAUCACUAAAAUUUAUUACUGUGACUGCUUUGGAAAGCUUAUCCUCUAAAUUUUUUCAUGAAAAUCAAGCAGUGAAUGCAUCUUCAGCUGAACUACUGGAACUUCUACUAGUUUAUACAAAUGAAGAAGAUAUUUAAAUUGAAAAAUUAUUAGAAGAAAUCAUAUAAAUUUUUACUUUGAAUAUUCAAAAAGAAGAAUAUGUGAUGCAAUUAUAGACUCUGAAUCUUUUAAAAGUUAUUCUUUUUCGAAAAAAUGUCCCUAAUUAUGUCCUUUAAUAGAUUUUUGAAUAAUCUUCAUUUUUUUCUGCACUUUUUUAAGGACUUUAAUCCUCAUUAGUUAAUGUAAGAUCUUAAUAUAUUUGUUUUUUGAACACUUUAAUGCCUUUUUUAUGUUAAAAAAUAGAAAAUUAAAAUUUUUUAGGGGAUAUAGUGAUGAAAUGUAUAUUUUCUUAUUCGUAAAUUAUCGAUAAUUAUAAAUAAAAGUAUGAGGCUAUAUUUGCUUUGAAGAAUAUUUUGUAAACUUUUUUAAAAAUAUAAGAUUUAAAUGAUAAUUAAGUUAUUGAAAUGCCUUCGAGUAAUCUUAAUGGAGGCUUUUUUUCGUAUAUAUUUGGUCUAUAGGGAGAAAAAAAAAUCUAGUUUGAACAUUUUGAAAUUGUUUGUGAAAAUAUUUUCGGAUAAAUUUAAUUUAUUAUUGAUCUUUUAGUUAAAAAUUGGGUUACCCAAGCUUCGUUUCCUUUUAGCUUUAAUAAUUAAGGUGUUUAAGAGUAUUAAUAUGAUAAAUUUUUUGCUUUUAAUUAAAAAUUUAAAGAAAUCAAAGAAACAUUUUUAAAAUAAAAAAGAAAAAUUGCUGAUUUUUCAAUUAUUAAAGGCUUAAUGAUCGCUUACCCUUAAUAAAUAGUUAAUAUAUUUACUGUUUUAUGGGUAAAUAAUAUCUAAAAUGGAUAAUAUUUAUAAAAUAUAAUCGAAAUUAUAUUGCUUUUAUAAAUAAACCCUCGUAUUUAUUUAGAAUAUUUUAUAUAGGUCAAUUACUUUGGAUUAUUAAAACAAUUUUAUAAAUAAAAAAAGGUAAGAACAACUCCAGAAAUAGGAUAAAUAGAGAGUUAUUUGUUAUACUUUUUAUAUUCAUACCUUUUAUAUUCCUAUUUAGAUUCUAACUCUUUAAAAAAAGAUAAUUUACUUACUUUUUGGCAUACAAUAUUGAAAGUUUUGUUCUUUUUCGACUCUUCAACUCAUCCGAAUGUGAAUUUAUUUUAUAUUGAAAUAUUAUUUUUGUUAUCAAAUAAAUAUGUGCCUAAAGAAAUACUAUCAGAUAGUAGAAUAAAUAAAAGCUUACAUGAUUAAAUAAAUCAAAAACUCAUUUUUUUGUCUAACUAUGUGAUUAAUAAUUAAAAUUUAUAAUUAUAAAAUGAUUUGGAAGAACUUAUUUUUCCUUAUAGUCCUUCUUUGUAAUAAGAAAUAUUAAAAAUUUAGUCAAGUAUUAUAGUUUAAAAUGACGAAAACUAACAAGAUCAAUUAUAGAAUAAAUUAGAAAAGCAAAAUGAAACAUUUUUUAAAAAAUAAGAAAAAAAGCUUGCAAUUUUAUAUGUUUUAGACCAUUUAGCGCUUAACUUAUUAUAAAAUACAUACAAACCAGAAAGAUAAGAUAGAAUAAUAAUAAGAAUAAAGGAAUGUUUUGAACCUUUAAAUAUUCUUUUUAAUGAAAAAGCAUAAUUUUAAAGUAAAAUAGUGGAAUUCGCAUCUAAGUUUUUAUAUAAUCUAGUCAAUAACUAAUCUUUGGUAAAGGAGUUUAAGAAAAACAUAUUAGAAAUAUUUAAUUAAGAUAAUUUUUUUUCUUGUUCUAAACGUACACUGUAAUAUUGGGGGGAAAUAAUAAAUAUAAUAAUAAAUACUGAAAAAAAUGACCUAUUUAUGAAUUAUUUAAAUAAAGUAACUUUAAAUUCCUCUUUUUUUUCUAAAGAAGAAAAAGAAAAUAAAAAAAGAAUUAAAGCCUUUAAAAGAGUGUGCUUUCUUAUUUUUUACGGAAAAAAGGAUUAAUAUUUAGAAAAGUUAUCUAAUCUUCUUGAUAAAAUAUCUGAAGUUAUAAAAAAUUCUGAAAGUAUUCAUCCUUAGUUACUUAUUUUAAUACUAUUUGCUUUCAGAAUUAUUAUUAUUAGGCUUUCUACUUCUAAUAUGAAUUAACUUUUUAUAAAUAUAUGGCCUAUGUUAUUAGGUUUGUUAAUUUAAAUUUCUAAAAACUCUAAAAAUAUAAACCUUUUGCUGGCUGGAUUAAAAAUUAUUGAAAUUUUUUCUAUUGUUAAAGUAGAUUAAUUUUAUCUUCAUCAAUGGAUUUUCUUUUAUGAUUACUUCGGUAUUUAAUUAAAUGAUAAUAACUCUUUAGUAAAUGAUAAUAAGUCUACCUCGAAUAAUGAUAUUCUAUCUGUCCUUAAUAAUAGUUAAGAAUAAUAAGAUAUAAUUUCUUAAGAAAACUAAUAAGUUCCUUAACAAGAAAAUGUUAUUAUCACUAAUUCAAAAGUAGAAAAUUAAAUUUAACUUUACUAACUCUGCAAAAAACUGUCCUAAAGUAUAAUUGAUUUUAAUGAAAUUAGAAGUGAAACAUUACUUGAUGAAGUUGAAUCUAUGAUUGAAGAUGAUUUUAUUAAUCUUGAUGAGCAAAUUUUAAAAAUAUGA